CACACACACAUGCACGCACUCACAUACACUGUGCUCGCCGGUUGGGAAAUGCCAAGGCGCUCCUCACUGCUGCGUGCUUGCGCUUGAAGCCGGAGGAUCCGAUCGUGCCAGCAGAAAUUAUCGAGUGAUCUCCUGGUCUCGGGCAGAACGAGGGAUUCGCUCGUCCUCGGUAGAUCAGAUCUUUUUUUUCUGGGAGAAAGACACAUACGGGAUGUUUUGGUGAUGGGUGUUGGAGAGGAGUCCGAGAGAGCUUCCCUUGAAGUGGAAAGCAAAAGGUUCAGGUUUCUAACAGCCGUCAGUAAGUUUCGUUUCGACUUCGGGAAGCACAUCGGGAAAUAAGGAGCCGUAGAUGUAAAGGAAUAACAUAAUCUCCAGAGAAAUACGCGGCUGUGCCCAUAGGCUGCGCAUCUGUGAGGGAGAGGGAUUUUGCGUCUGCCACCUUUGGAUUAUAUUUCUGUUUUCCUACCUGCAUUACGGCUUUGGGAGUGCGUUAUUUGGAUUUUGGAGAGUGCCCGCGACAUUUUGGAAGAGUAAAUAAGACACUUCUACCGUCUGUUCACUAUGGAAAUGGCAAUGUGAUAAGCAUUAGAGGUCAAAUGACCAUCGUCCCUUGUUCUUUUAUCUAAAUAUCGUAUUUAUGAGAUGGAAAAACGGGGACUCUACGGCGUCCUUUGUUAUCUGAUGCUAAAUGCACCCCUCUUAUUUUAUGUAAAUGCCACAUUUACAGAAGUGCCAAAAGAUGUAAAUAUAGGUGAAGGAGAAGAUGUCGAGAUGCCCUGCGCAUUUAAGGCCAUCGGAUCUACACCGUUCUCCCUGGAAAUCCAGUGGUGGUAUCUUAAGGAAGCAGCGCCGAGAGAACUUACGCACGAGCUGCAAAUUAGCUCCCCUGCGAACAGAGCAAAGGUUGGCCCCAGAGAAGCAACAAAAAUUAGUACGGUGAGGGUGCAGGGCAACGCCAUCUCUCACCGGCUCCGUCUCUCCAACGUGCGCAAGGUGGACGAGGGCGUGUACGAGUGCCGCGUGACGGGCAACAACGCGGACGAGACUCAGGAACACAAGGCGCAGGCCACGCUGAGGGUCAGCCCGCGCGACGGCAUGGUGGCGGAGGAGGCCGUCUCCCACAUCCAGAACCGCUGGCCGUCACGGAGCGGCAACGCCCCGCCCCCCGGCCGGGCCACGCCCCCGCCGGGCCAGGGCAAGCCCCGCCCUCCCGACCUGGCCGGCCCCGCCCCCGCGGCCUACACCACGGCGGCCGCCUCCGCCGCCAAGUCCUCGGCUUCACCCCGGCCCGGAAACGCAGCCAUCCUCCAGCAGCAGCACGGAGCCGGUUCUGGAGCCAUCAUCACCACUGACCCUCUCCUGUGCAUCUUCCUAUUGGUUCUGCACAGGCUCCUCCCCUUCCUGCUCACCCACUGAAAGACUCAAACCAAUUAUCCCCCUGCUAUAUUUCCACUCAAUGUACCAAACAGCAGAGGGAAUAGUGUAUACCCAUAUGGCACACCACCAGGGACGUUGAAUGAAAAGGACUUUUGAAAAGGGCCGACAGUCUUCUGGCCAGGACUUUUAACAGAAGACUUGUCUCUCCGCGGGAUGUAAAUGGACUGCAUAAGGAGCAUGAAAAAAAUCUAGAUAAAUAAGGGAGUAUAUGUGAAAAUGAGCUUCACACUUUUGUUAUGCACACACCGCCAACAGCCACAAAAAAAGGAUGCAUCAAUCAAGUUUCCAAAUACGCGUGUCUGCCCUGCUCUGCGCAUGGCUGUCAUUCCUUUAUUUUCAGCGAUUUUUUUUUAAUUUGUCAAAACAUUUUUUUUUUUUUUUUUUUGCAGGCACUGUUUAGGUUCGACUCUUUCCUCUCUACAGAACACCUCUUGAUUUUUUUUUUUUUUUUUUUUUUUUUUUUUUUUUUUUUGCAUGAGUAGGUGACGGGUUAGAUAUUGUUUUUUAGUCCAGAGACAUGGAAGAUGAGGCUCGUCAUGAUGGGUCCUGGAGCAGGGACUAUGUGUAGGUCUGUGUGUUCUGCUUCCUGUGUUUCUUUCUCAUGUUAUUGGUGUAAACAAAUAUGUCCUUCUUCUAUAUUUUGAUUAAAUAAGGCACACAUUAUCAUAGUUGUUGUUAGUCACCCUUAAUAAUGUUUAUUUUUAUUAAAAAUAUGGUGAUCAAGGUCCGAUAUUCAUUUAUAAAAAAGUAUUGGUAUGUUGCCUACACUAUGUGAAAUAAAAGUUGUUUUUUUAAUAAA